AUGAGAAAAUCACUAGUUCCAUUUGCUAGGGAGAGUCAAAAGGUGCUUUUCUUCAUCGAAAAAGUGAUGAGAAAAUCACAGCUUGUUCGUUGUCAUGAUGUGAUUCCAAGUAUAAUUUCGAGGGGGGAUAUCAGACAGCUUCGCUGGCUUCCCAUUAAAGGUCUGAAUGAUCUGAUGGAGUUAAAAGGUGGGAAGACGAAGUCGUGUAGUAAUAAAUCCUUUUUGUACGAAGCUCCUCUCGAUUACAUCAUUGAAGACGUUCGCCCACACGGUGGAAUCAAGAAGUUCAGAUCCGCUGCUUACUCCAACUGCAUCCGCAAGCCAUCCUGA